CGACAUUACCGGAAGUAAGGUAAAAGUAGACAAGCCGAAGAACGUGCAAUUUGGAAAUCACUAAUUUUUAUUAUUUAUUUUAGGCCUAGGCCUAUAGUUCUUGAAUUUAUAGAAAUGAAUAUCUUAUUGCAACUGCAAAAUACGUCAAAAGGGAAACUACCUUAUAACAACAAGAAAGAAACAUUGGAACAAAGAAAGAAAUGGCUGACGGAUAUAAGCCCUCCACCAUCUAUAAACAAGUUCCACAAAGGAAAUAGUUUGAUCAGUACUAGUCAUGGUGCAUCCUUCAAGGUUCAGGAAAAUGUUAGUAAAAAUAAUAAUUAUGAAGAAGAGUUAUUAUAUGUUGCAUGUUAUAGUGGGCUGUCUCCCCCCAAAGUACCUGUCUCAAAUGAAUCAGGAAAGGCACGAAAACCAGAAAUAUCUACUCCUCCGCCAAAACCUAAGCCCGAAAUUGUUGAUAAAUUCACUCCUGUAUCACCAGAAUAUAACAGUUCCAGUAAAUUGAUCAAAGAAUAUGAACAAGCCUAUGAGAAAAAGAAAGAGGCAGCAAUUGCAAAGAAACGCCAGGAAUUUGACCAAAAUAUGGCCAAGUUAACUCAACUAUCUAAAGAACAAUUAAUGAUUCGGGAAAAACAACAAAAUGACCAACUGAAGUCCUUACAUCAACAAACAGAAAAACAUCUAAAAGAGAAAGAUGAAUCAGAAAAACAAGUUCAAGUGAUGAAAGAGAGCCAUAGACAACAUCAACAGAUGCUUGAUGCUAAAGUUCUAGAAGUAGAAAAAAGAAAGCAACAAUUGAAAGAUGAAGCUAGAAAAAGACAAGAACAAAUUCAAGCAAUGGCACAGAAGAUUCAUGCAUCUAUAAAUAUUUUAAUUAGUCAAUUUAUAACCGAGUUUGAGGGAUGUCCACAUAAAGAGUAUUUUUCUGAAGACGCUAAAGCAACCUACACUCAGAUAAGAUCUAUAAAAACAAAAGUGGAUACUCUUUUAGAAUCAUUUAAAGCCGCCAUGUCCAAACAGGAAGAUUUGAAGAAAUUGAUGGAACUAUUUGAGAUGUGUAAGCGUGGCCUAGAAUCUGUAAAGACACACAUAGCUGAUGCUAAUAAAAAAGGAAAAGAAGUCGAAGAACAGAAAGCUUUGGCAGCUAAAGCAGCUCAAUUGGCUCAGGAACAACAACAAGCCCUACCACCAGCUCAAACUGAUGCUAUUAGUACACCAACUAAAUCCAGUAAUACAUCCACUAAUAUCAAAACUUCUGAAGAUGUGAUGGUUGAUGCUUUAGAGGAAUAUUCUAAGUUACAGGGGAACCUAUCUUCUUUGUUUUGUAAACUAGAACAAAUUCAAGCAAUGGCACAGAAGAUUCAUGCAUCUAUAAAUAUUUUAAUUAGUCAAUUUAUAACCGAGUUUGAGGGAUGUCCACAUAAAGAGUAUUUUUCUGAAGACGCUAAAGCAACCUACACUCAGAUAAGAUCUAUAAAAACAAAAGUGGAUACUCUUUUAGAAUCAUUUAAAGCUGCCAUUUCCAAACAGGAAGAUUUGAAGAAAUUGAUGGAACUAUUUGAGAUAUGUAAGCGUGGCCUAGAAUCUGUAAAGACACACAUAGCUGAUGCUAAUAAAAAAGGAAAAGAAGUCGAAGAACAGAAAGCUUUGGCAGCUAAAGCAGCUCAAUUGGCUCAGGAACAACAACAAGCCCUACCACCAGCUCAAACUGAUGCUAUUAGUACACCAACUAAAUCCAGUAAUACAUCCACUAAUAUCAAAACUUCUGAAGAUGUGAUGGUUGAUGCUUUAGAGGAAUAUUCUAAGUUACAGGGGAAAUUACAAAAAAUAACUGAAUCAUUAAAUGCUUUUGUCAAUAAUCCACAGAUGAAGAAAUAUAAGUUUGAACUACAGAAGGCUGUUAAUACACCUAUUAAUGCUAUAUCUCCUGAGAGUAGUUCACAUUUACAAGAUAAAUUACAUCGACUAACCUCUCUCAUGUCUGGGCAAGUGGUUGAACUUUCUGGCAAAAGAAUAAGUGCUAAAGAAGCUCCGGAAGGAAUACUGUUUUGUAAAAAUUUAGCAGCUAAAAUGAUAGUGAAAAAAGGGGCUGAACAGGUAUCAUCUAAACAUGAAACAGCAUUUGCUAUAGCUGCUGUAACAGUUGGCCUAUGGUGUCAUGAUGCAGAUAUUGGUGAUUUGUUAUUAGCCCAUUUCCAUAAAGCUUGUCCCUAUACUAUACCAUUUAUACUACCAAAACAAGAAAAACAAUCUUUAGAAAAAUACCAUGAAUAUUUAGGAUACAAAGUAGAAGAUGGUGUUAUUGAAGAUCAGGAUAAAUUCUUAAAGAGAAUGUCAGGAGUAAUGAGACUGUAUGCCGCCAUCUUGGUGACUUCACCACCAAGGGGCAGUAACAGUGUUCACCCAUUUGGAAUAGAACAUGCAUGGAUUUGGUUAUCUAGAGUGUUAAAUUCUCCACCCCAACCUGAUAUAACAGCCACAAUGAUAUAUGAUAUGCUUUAUGUGACAGGACAUUUACUGCACGAUCAGUUUAGAAACCAAUUCCUCAAACUGUUAAGUUGUUUGUUUAACGAAUAUGUGCCGAAACUACGAAGUGUAGCGGUUGGAGGAGGACCGGUGUCGCGACUUGAAACUUUCAUAGGGAAUGUGAUUAAAAGUGGUGGCAAAAUUGCCAAACCAGAAGGGCUUCUUCCAUCAAAUUUCUUAUAACCCGAAAUAUUCACUGGAGUAAAUGCAUAGAUGAUGAAAUAGAAUUUACAAUUGUAUAUUGAAUUAAUGUUCCAAUAAUUUUAUAUAUUUUAAAAAGCAAGAAAUUAUGGUCAGUCAGUGUUAGAAAUUAAACUGCCAAAUGCAGCCUGUUGCCCAAUCUGAUUAACAUCUAAAUUUUGUUUAAACAUACAUUAAACAGAUCUGUCUAUUGCAGGUCUUUCUUUAGGCCUGAACUGUUAUCUAAAUUAUUAAUUAGACAUUAAUUAACCUAUCCAGACCAUAAUCAACUCUAGAUGGCAUCGCUAGCCUGCGAUCUUUAGUGGAUUAUGAGCCGAUUUACUAUAUAACUUUCCAUCAUGAUUUAACAAUUAAAUGGAUAAUCAAGACUAUGCUGUUUAUCGUACUGACUUUAGUAAUGAUAAUCAAGGCUAGGUGGAAAUUUCAAUCGCUUAGUUCUCGAUUUAUAGUGAAUUAAUUUGAAUAAAUUUUUUUAUCAAAUUGA